AAAGAAUGAAAGAUAUUAGGAAUGGUAGAUUAUAGACAUUACAGAGGAGAAGCUAAUGAAAGAUAAACAGGAAGAAAGUCCACGUCAACAACCAUUCACGCAACUACCCAAUUCAUUCUCUUUUAACUUCCAUUCACUCAACCAAUUCAAUCACCCACACUUUUAUGUCUCCAAGGAAAAGUUCGCCGAUUGGUUCCGCUCGGAGAAAUAAGCCGCGGCAACUGUUGCCGUCACCCCACCGCCGGACGAGCAACAAGCCAAAGCAUGUCAAGGUCUUGAAACGCUGCUCAUCGGCGCCUCUGCUUACACGACGAGAAAACGGCGAUGCUGACAGCCAUUAUUGGAAAAGUGGAAGAGGCUCGUUUUUCCGACCUAAAACGUUUUCUGAUGCCUUUCUCUCUUCCCCUUCUCCCUUUUCCUCCCCGCGGAUCCACACUAAGCAGAUAAUAAAGGGGUACGACAAAGAGGCUAAGGUGGUAGUUAAUGUGACCGUUGAGGGAAGUCCAGGGCCAGUUCGAACCAUGGUUAAACUGGGUUCCAGUGUGGACGACACAAUCAAGCUUGUGGUAGAUAAAUACAGAGAAGAAGGAAGAAGUCCGAAUAUCAAUCCUAGCAUGACAUCUUCAUUCGAAUUGCAUCACUCUCAUUUCAGUCUCCAGAGUUUGGAUAAAUCAGAAGUGAUUGCGGAUGUGGGUAGUAGAAGUUUUUAUCUGCGGAAGAAUAGCAGUGCUUCUAUUUUGACUUCAUUUCAUUCGGGAAGUGCUCCCCAAUUAGUCAGUCGUGCCUCUACUCCAUCCGUACCAAACCCUCCUCCAUUCUUCAUCCAUUCUUUCUUUGCCCGCAAGAUUAGCAAAAUUGUAAGAAGAGCUCAGCGUCUUUGGAACAUUGUUGUUUGCUCCCAGUGAGGACGCUCACAGUCUCUUCAAUCAAUGAUGGGAAAAAGCAACGACUUUUAAUAUGUUGCCUUUCAACCCCUCAUUUUCAGCUUCAAGUAUGUUUAUCACUUGGGUAAAUAUUACCUUUACCAUUUUUUACAUUCACAUCAAUUAAAGCUGCUAUUAAAUUAAUACGUAAGUGAACAUAAACUUCUUCCUGUUAUUUGUAUCUCCGAGAUGGCAUUAGCUUCUUCUCGAUCUCAUUUAAAGGGAUUCGGAUCCUCGCAGUGAAAAAGAAAUCUGGAACUUUUCAUAGUUAUAACUUGUAGUGUGUUUGAUUUAUUAAUAUGCUCUCCAACUUUGUUUCA